AUGGAUCUCCAACUCACCGCCUCCGAUGAGGACCUCUUCCCUCCCAGCCAGCCCGUCUCUGCUCCUGCUCCCUCUCGCCGGGCUCAUCGCUUGAGGUCUGUCGUCUCCAUUCCGGCUACUCCUGGUUCUACUCCUGGUUCUACCCAUUCUUCUUCCCGGGCUGGUCGUCCUCACCAACGCACCCCCAGAUCUCAGCGCUCCCGUCGCUCUUCUCCUCCUUCCCCCACUCCUCCUGGUCGAGCUCGCCGCUCUGGGCGCCCGGCUUCCUUAGCCGGCCCCGCACCCCCUUCCCCGGCCGAGCCCCUCUCUUCUGUCCAGCCUCUCCCCUCCACUUCUAUCCCCGUUCCCCCCCAGUCUGCAGCACUCGCCGCGCCCUUCACCGGAGCUCCGUGCUCUUCAUUCUCCCUGUCUACGGCACCGCCUGUUGCCCCCCCGGCCAACGCACGGAUGUUCAACCCUCCCCUGGUCUCCUCCUCUCUGCGGAACCGCAUUCUUCAAGGUGCGGAUGUCGAUCUUUCCUCCCUACUUCUCCCCUCCCCUUCUUCUGCUCCCCGUGUCAUCGACACCGGCGACAUCUCGCUUACCUUGCAUCAACCAGGCCCCCGCGUCUCCAAAAUCCUCUCUGCAGCCGAGUUCGCCUUUGCCUUCUCCAUCUUCAGGGAUGUCAUCUGUUCGGCUUUUCCAUCACGCCGCCAGGAAUUGGACGACUAUCUGUCCUUGAUUUUGGAUAUGGCUAUCCGUUUCGGAGGCUCUGGUUUCUACGAAUAUCAUCGCCUCUUCUCAGCCCGCGCCGCGGCUCGUCUUACACAGUGGAACCUUGCUACAUUCUGGGGUGCCCCAGACCUGGAACUUUAUUGCCACGUUUUCGCGGGACGUAGCUCCCUCUCCUGCUCCGCGUGUGGCGGCCCCUCUCACCCUGCUUCUGUUUGUUCCCAGGCAGCCUCCACCGCCCCUCCGGCCCCCGUCCAACAUUCUUCGGCGCGCGCCGCUCCCGUGCGCCCGUCCUCUUCGGGCGCCCGCGACAGCUUCGGCCGCCCUAUCGUUUUUCUCGACGGGCAGAUGGUUUGCAACAAUUUCAACCACUUGGGUUGUUUUGCUUCCUCCUGUCGAAGGCUGCACGUCUGCUCUCGAUGCGGUUUGGCGCACGCUCUCUCCUGCUGCCCAACGCGUCCCCCCAACCUCCUGGACGGCCUUCUCUUUGGCUUCUACCCCGGUCUCGUCGCCUCGCCGAGCUCUUCUCUCACCUGUCCUAACCUCCUUUCCGCUCUGGCCGAGCCCGAUGUCGUGUCUUCCCUUCUGCAACAGGAGCUCUCCGGUGGUUUCAUUAUCGGUCCUUUCUCAACGCCCCCUUUUUCUGUAUUUCGCAUCAAUCCUUUGGGCAUUGCCACACGAAAAUACUCUGGCAAGAAGAGGAUCAUAAUUGAUCUCUCGGCUCCGCAUGGCUCUUCGGACCCGUCCAUAAACAGCCUCAUACCUAGUUCUGAAUUUUCUCUCCGUUACGCGACCGUGGAUUGUGCCAUCGAAGCCAUCAAGUUGGCCGGCAGAGGUGCUUGGCUGUCGAAGGCCGACAUCAUCUCAGCUUUUAAAAUCCUACCCCUCCAUCCUGACUCUUGGCACCUUUUUGGAGUCCGCUGGGACGAUCAGUUUUACUUUUCCGUUCGCCUUGCUUUUGGGUGCAAAAGCAGCCCGAAGCUUUUUGAUUCCUUCGCUGAGGCGCUGUGCUGGAUCUUGCUGAAUAAACACAGGCUCCCGUUCGUGCUCCACCUCCUGGAUGAUUUUCUCGUCGUUGACUCGCCUUCCUCGCCCCCCUCGCGGGGCCUUGACGCCGUGACCAGCACUUUCACUCGUCUCGGAGUCCCGAUUUCGGAGGAGAAGACCGUGGGUCCCGCCACGUCUCUGGAGUUCCUCGGGAUCAUUCUCGACUCCGCUUCCUUCCAAGCUUCUCUUCCUCAGGAAAAGCUUAAUCGCGUCACUUCUUUCAUCUCCGACUUUCUCAGUUUUCCCACCCGUACUAAACAGCAGCUUCUUUCCCUGCUCGGCCACUUUAAUUACGCUACCCAAAUCAUACCUCAGGGUCGUUCUUUCAUCUCCCAUCUCCUUCGCUUAUCUUCUUCUGUCCGAUCCCUCCACCAUUUCGUCACGCUCGACGAAUACUGCACGUCGGAGCUCCGAUUCUGGCUCUCUCUCCUCCGCCACUGGAACGGGAUCUCCUUUUUCUAUGCCGACGCAGCUUCCAGCCCUUCUGAUGUUCAGCUGUUCACUGAUGCUGCGCCUUCCUCUGGUUUCGGCGGCUAUUACGGCGGACGCUGGUUCGCCUCUGCCUGGCCGAAGCAAUUCGUCCGCUCCGCUGCGCACCUGCGCGAUUCUUCCGCGCUCUGGGAGAUUUAUCCUAUAGUUGUCGCUGCCCUCCUUUGGGGACAUGAAUGGUCAGGAAAAUCAAUUUUACUCCAUUCAGACAAUCUCGCCGCGGUCCACAUCAUCAACAAAAGUAGAUCAAAAUUGCUAGAAAUAAUGCCUUUUAUCCGUCGCCUCACUUGGCACUCCAUAAAGCAUCAGUUUAUAAUUAAAGCUGUCCACAUCCCAGGUUUAUCUAACUCUAUUGCUGACUCUCUUUCUCGCUUUCAAUUCCAGAAAUUCAGAUCCUUGGCUCCGCAUGCAGACUGCAACCCAACGCCGGUACCUCCAUUUUCACUAACUACACUACACCUAACCCCCGUCUGAACGAACUAAUCCUCCAAGCACAACAAACCAUCCUUUCAGCCGUUUCCCCACAGACACUCUCUACUUACUGGUCAAGCUGGAAAGCAUACAAAAAUUUCCACUCCGCACAUAAUAUAUCUUUCCCUUCUCAUCAUCCAUCCGUAAUAGCAGCUUAUAUUACUUUCAUUCACACUCAACAUUCAGCCCGUUCCUCAUCACUCAGAGUCCAUCUGGCAGCUAUCAAUUUUUUCACUAAACUAAUUACUGGCAUACCACACCCUUCCUCUAAUCACCCUCAAAUUUCCCUCCUCCUGAAAGGAAUCCAAAAAUCAGAAACUCCAUCCUCACACGAACGAGCUCCCAUCUCACCAGAAAUCCUCCAUCGUUGCAUUCAAACCCUCCGAUCAGGCUUUUACCCUCCGACAACAUCCUCCACGCUCCAAUCGAUAUUUCUCCUGGCAUACUUCGGAUUCCUCAGAUGCUCAGAAUUCACUUCACUUAAAAUCUCCCACAACUCCUUUUCAUACCCCCUCAUAUCAGAUCUCAGCAUCCUGGACUCGGAUACUCUCACCUUUAAAAUCAAGCGAAGCAAAACUGACCAACUUGGCAAAACCACGAUCCUCCAUCUGUUUAAACUUGACUCACCCCUCAGCCCGUACGAACCACUCGUCCACCACCUAAAUCUCCGGCUCUCUCAACAAGCAUCACCUUCAGAUCCUCUGUUCACCACGGAAUCUGGUAGUAUUAUCACAAGGCACUGGUUCCACACACAUUUCCGCCGCAUCCUUUCAGUCAACGGUUACUCACCAGACCAAUUCUCCGCCCACUCAUUCCGCAUCGGUGCAGCAUCCAACGCCUCCAGACAAGGAAUCCCCGAGCACGUCAUCAAGCUUCUCGGACGGUGGUCUUCUCAGGCGUACCACUUAUACAUCCGUUCCAAACCAGACGAUUUGAGACAGGCUCAUCUCAAACUAGCUUCAUUAUAAGCUCCAUAUUUUGGGGAUAUAACUGCACGCUUCUUCAGCACGCAGUUCAGAACUCCAGCCCAAAUUUCCCCGAGUUCCCUCCCCUUUUUCUUCCUCCUUUUCUACUUCUAUAAGGCGUGGUCCGCACUUAGCAAAAUGAUGUUAUGUAAUAACAAAAGUUUGGGAGAAGGACCACGCCCGAACUCUACGUUCUAACUCCACCCCGUAUCAAUCAACCGUCCUAUAAAUACCUCCCCUAACUAACUACCUCUCGUGACGAAAAAUUCGCAACCCACCUCCUCCCCUGCAACCCCCUUUUUUUCUACUCUUCCACUUCUCAUUAAAUAAAAAGGGGGGGAUAUAACUGCACGCUUCUUCAGCACGCAGUUCAGAACUCCAGCCCAAAUUUCCCCGAGUUCCCUCCCCUUUUUCUUCCUCCUUUUCUACUUCUAUAAGGCGUGGUCCGCACUUAGCAAAU